AUGGAGGGCCAUAGCGGCACUACACCGUACAACAGUUACGCUGGCGCAAGUGCCGCCAUCGUUAUCACCGGGGCAAUUGUGCUCGACGGUGCCUUGAAGUGGGCACAGAGACGGUGGAGACUCUCGAGCAGCACCGACGGUGAUCGUGCCGCAAGGCAUGUGUACGAGGACUGGGCAAAGGCCGGCCCCCCCUUCGGCGCCAGCAACAGCGGGUACGGGCGAGCCACGACCGACGCCACUUCGCCCGGUGCCAGGGGUAUCGACGGCUCGAUGGUGAGGCCGGGCCGUGCCACCGCCGCCCUCCUUAGCGUCCGGUGGCUCGAUAUCGAGCUGGAGGAGGAGGAGGAGGCCCGCAGGCGCGAGCUGGACGCCAUGUUGAGCGCUGGCGGCGGCGGCGGCGGCACAGGAGGCCCUCGAAGCGGCUGCGGCGGCUGA